AAGAAGGGAAAGAGAAGCCAUUUCAUUGGUUCGAUAUUCUCUUUAGCAUCUUACUCUAGGUCUUCAGCAAAAUCUGAAAAGACAAGUAAAAAUACAUUAAUGUCUCUUCAACGAGCCAAUGGGAACUCGAGUUCCUCUUCUUCCCCCAAGAAGCACAGAACUGACGAGAGUGACGAGGAGGAGUUGAUGGUUCCUGACAUGGAAGCAGCAUGUGUUCUAAGCAGCAAAGCCGACGUCCGCGGAGUCAACAAUCCGGAUAUUGACUAGACUCAAAACGGAACUUCAACCGCCAAGCGCGGCCUUGGACGAACCCCACUUGAUAAAGAAUACAGAAGCCACAAGAGGUCAAACGAAUCGGUCAUUUUACUAAAGAAUAGAGUAUCAGCACAAGAAGCGAGGGAGAGGAUGAAAGUGUAUGUGAGUGAUAUAGAAUGAACAGCUAAUUAGCUGCAGAACAACAACGAUGAGAUUGAAGGGAAGAUCUCUACGUACUUUGAUGAAAGAAACACAAUGCUUCGCAGAAUGCUCAUCAACACUAGGCCUAAAGCUGAUGACACUCACUAA